AAAGAAAGAAUGAAACUAUAGAAGGAAGCUCCUUCCUGAUCCUAGUAUUCAACACCCAAAUGGACCAUCUCCAACUUAUCAUCAUCCUCCUCCUAAUCUCCAAUUCUCUCUUACCCCUCUCUUCUUCUCUCAACCAAUGUUUCCAACAAAACUGCUUGAGUUCUUCUUCUACAACAUCUUCUUCAUUUCUUGACCACAUACAAAGCUUAGCCAAUGAACCCAACACAGUGAACUGGAUGAAGAACUUGAGGAGAGAGAUUCACAGGAACCCAGAACUUGCUUUCGAAGAAUUCGCAACGAGCGCACUGAUUCGUCGCGAGCUCGACUUGCUCGGUGUCGAGUAUCGCUGGCCGGUGGCGGAAACAGGGGUAGUAGCCACCAUUGGGUCUGGUUCUCCUCCUUUUGUUGCUCUCAGAGCAGAUAUGGAUGCUUUGCCUAUUCAGGAAAUGGUGGAGUGGGAGCACAAGAGCAAAAUAGAUGGGAAAAUGCAUGCCUGUGGACAUGAUGCUCAUGUUUCUAUGCUUCUUGGUGCUGCAAAAAUACUGCAACAACUCCAACACAAAUUACUGGGCACUGUUGUUCUGAUAUUCCAACCGGGCGAGGAACGAGGUCAAGGUGCCAAAGACAUGAUCCAGGAAGGUGUGCUUGACAAUGUUGAGGCCAUUUUUGGGCUUCACGUAGUGCAUAAGUACCCUGCCGGGACUGUGGCCGCACGGCCAGGGGAGUUUUUAGCCGGAUGUGGUAGCUUUAAAGCGGAGAUCAGAGGGAAAGGCGGUCACGCUGCAAUACCACAGAAUUCGAUUGAUCCAAUUUUGGCAGCUUCAUCUUCAGUGAUCAGCUUGCAGAAUAUUGUUGCAAGGGAGACAGAUCCUAUGGAUUCUAAGGUGGUUUCAGUAGCAAUGAUACAUGGGGGUUCGGCGUUUAAUGUGAUUCCAGACUCGGCCACCAUAGCCGGAACUUUCAGAGCAUUCAGCAAGACAAGCUUCUAUUCUCUUAGAGAUAGAAUAGAAGAGGUUAUAAAAGCGCAAGCAGUCGUACACCGGUGCUCGGCUAAGGUCGACUUCACGGGAAGGGAACAUCCCACCAUUCCCCCAACAGUAAAUGAUGAAGGAGUAUAUGAACAUGUAAAACAAAUCUUGACCACCAUUGUAGGGGAAGAAAACACAAAAAUGGCUCCAAGCUUCAUGGGAAGUGAAGAUUUUGCAUUUUACCAAGAGAAAGUUCCUGGAUUAUUCCUCUUUUUGGGCAUAGGAAAUGAAAGGACUGGAUCAAUCUACCCAGUUCAUAGUCCUCUAUUCACCAUAGAUGAGGAUGUGCUUCCAACUGGGGCAUCAAUUCAUGCUGCAUUUGCCUAUUCAUACCUCCUAAAUUUGACAAGAAAGCCCAUUUCUUUAUCUUAGAGGUUCUACUUACAUGCUUUUAGUCAUUAGAAAUUUUGGGUAAAAUAGCCAUUUCACCCAUGUAGUUUGAUCCAAUUUUUGUUCUAGUUUCUAUUGUUUCAAUUUGAGCUAACCCAGUACUUUAAGUUCAAUUUUUAUU